AGCGCGGAGCCGGGGGCGAGAACCUGAGCUGUGAGGCGAGAGCCAUUAGAGCCCAGAGACCGGCGACCGUUUGGCUUGAGAGCGGGCGGUUGACAGAACCGCGGGACCGGGGUGUUUCCACCAUGUUCUGCGAAAAGGCCAUGGAGCUGAUCCGCGAGCUGCACCGCGCGCCCGAAGGGCAGCUGCCCGCCUUUAAUGAGGAUGGGCUCAGGCAAGUUCUGGAGGAGAUGAAAGCUUUAUAUGAACAAAACCAGUCUGAUGUGAAUGAGGCGAAGUCAGGUGGACGAAGUGAUUUGAUACCAACUAUCAAAUUUCGACAUUGUUCAUUGUUAAGAAAUCGACGUUGCGCUGUAGCAUACCUGUAUGACCGAUUGCUUCGGAUUAGAGCACUCAGAUGGGAAUAUGGUAGCGUCUUGCCAAAUGCUUUACGAUUUCACAUGUCUGCUGAAGAAAUGGAGUGGUUCAAUCAUUACAAAAAGUCUCUUGCUACAUAUAUGAGGUCAUUGGGAGGCUGUGAAGGUUUAGACAUUACACAGGAUAUGAAACCUCCAAAAAGCCUAUAUAUUGAAGUGCGGUGUCUGAAAGACUAUGGAGAAUUUGAAGUUGAUGAUGGUACUUCAGUUCUAUUAAAAAAGAAUAGCCAGCACUUUCUACCUCGAUGGAAAUGUGAGCAGUUGAUUAGACAAGGAGUCCUGGAGCAUGUCCUGUCGUGACCUCAUACUAGACAGUGCCAGGCUUCACCUGAAGGGCAAGGCUGAACCAGCCACCGAAACUUCUACACGUCUCUCUCCACCCUCUUGUGUCCCAUCCCUCAUUGGUUGUGAAAGUUACAGACUUCCUUAAGGUAACCAGGAGUACCUGGGAAAGGAGCAUGGUUUGUUUUCUUAUUUUACAGGAGUCAUCCUUUUUGUAAUAAGCUAUUCCUGUAAUCAUAAUAUUGCUGCAUUACUACAACAUGAAUUUUUUCUAAUGAAAAUAAACUUUUAUUGCAUUUAAAUCUUUUUUAAACAAUGAAGAAGUUUCAUUUGGCUGAAGAUAGAUUCCAUUGCAUCUGUAGUGUGCUUUGUGUGAGCCAGGGAACUGAAUUUCUGAACACGUUUUCAAAUGAUUUGGGAAGGUGGGGAUAAUAGGUUCUAAACAUUUUUAGUGUGUUUAAUGUUUAAUGACAUACUUUAUCUUUUGGUUAUUUGGGAAGGAAGAUAGGAAGGGCACAGUGGAUUUUGCCCAUUUCUUUUUUCUUUUAAGAGUUAUUUUUAUUUAUGCAUACAAGAACUGGGGUGCAGGCCAGAGGUGCGGGAGGGUGAGAGGAUUCACCAGAGACAGAGUGGGAAGCAGAACAGGCAGAUCUACUGAAAUACACUACUGAGGGGAGCAGCAGGUGAGACGAGAGAUCUCCUGUGCCAUGUGUGUAGCUCCCUGGCCAGGGAUCGAACUCAUGAUACAGAGGCUGCUGGAUAAGUUGAUAAUGCUGACUUUCUUUCUUUUUCUUUUUUUUCUUAUUUUGGCCUUGUUGGAAGGCAUUAUUUUUUUUUUAAUUUUUUUCACAUCAUUGUUCAUUUUUAAACAAUAUUUGCUUCCCCCCACCCUCUCAGGUGUAGUCCCCAUGGAAUUUCCUUCCCCAAUGCACCCGUGCACCCUUACCUCAGUCCCAUGUUCUCCUCCCUCCUUCCCUUUGAUCCCUCUCCCUCCUCCUCCCCUGCAGUAUGUCUGAUUUAUAAUUGUCUGUUUUUGCUUUGUUGUGUUUUGUACUGUUACUAUUUUUUUACACUGAUGUUUUAUUUGGUUCCCCUUAUUCCUGCUGUAAGUGAAACAGUCCGAUAUUUUUCUUUUUCCUUCUGUCUUAUUUCACUGAGCUUAAUUCCUUCUAGCUCCAUCCACAUUGCUGCGAAUGGCAUGAGUUUAUCUUUUUGAUUGAUGAAUAAUACUCCAUUGUGUAUAUAUACCACAUCUUCUUGAUCCAGUCAUCUAUUUUUGGGCAUUUGGGUUGUUUCCAGGUUUUACCUAUUGUAAAUAGUGCUGCAAUUAACAUAGGUGUACUUUUAAAUCAAUGUUUUUGUGUCCUUUGGGUAGAUCCCUAGGAGUGGAAUUGCUGGGUUAUAUGGUAGCUCCAUGUUUAGUAGACUGAGGAACCUCCAUACAGCUUUCCAAAGUGGUUGGACCAGUUUGCAGUCCCACCACCAAUGUAGGAGAGUUUCUUUUUUGCCACAAACAUUUAGUUUUGCUAAUUUUUUUGAUAUGUGCCAUUCUUUCUGGUGUAAGGUGGUAUCUCAUUGUGGUUUUGAUUUGCAUUUCCCUGAUUAUAAGGGACGUUGAACAUUUUUUCAUAUGCCUAUUGGCCAUUUGCAUUUCCUCUUUGGAGAAAUGUAUUUAAGUUCUUCUGCCGAUUUCUUGACUGGAUUUUUUACUUUGUUUUUGUUGAGUCAUGUGAGUUCUUUGUGUAUCUUUGUGAUCAGUCCUGUAUUAGUUGACUGGAGUGCAAAAAUAUUUUCCCAAUCAGUGGGGUGUCUCUCUGUUUUGGUUAAUGUCUGUUCUGCUGUACAGAAACUUUUCAGUUUGAUGUAAUCCCAGUUGUUUAUCUUUUCCUUGACUUUCUUUGCUUUGGGUGAUGAGUCUUUAAAGAUGUUACUGAGAUAUAUGCUUUGUAGUGUUUUGCCUGUAUUUUCUUCUAUAUAUUUUAUGGUUUCAGAUCUUUAUGUCCAGGUCUUUUAUCCAUUUUGAGUUGAUUUUUGUGCGUGGUGAGAGGUAGUGGUCUAGUUUCACUUUUUUGCAUGUGGUGGUCCAGUUUUCCCAGCACCAUUUAUUGAACAAACUGUUCAUGUUCUAUUGCAUAUUCUUUGUUCCUUUGACAAAGAUUAGCUGUCCAUAUAAGUGUGAUUUUAUUUCUGGGCUUUCUAUUUGGUUCCAUUGAUCUGUGUGUCUGCUUUUGUUCCAAUACCAAACUGUUUUAAUUAUUAUGGCUUUAUAGUAUAGCUUGAAGUUUGGAAGUGUAAUACCUCCUUUCUCUUUUGUUUUCACCAGUAGGGCUUUGAUGGCACUGACUUUAAACCCUGCACCACCAGGGAGGCCCAGAUUCUGCCCAUUUCUGUCAGUGGUGGCUGCUCUGGCUUGGUCUACACACCUGCUUGUUGAGUGCACCAGUACUGUGUACUACCUCCUUGGAAAAGGAACUGAAAUUGGGGCUAGAGAAGGAACUUGAUGCACUUUUCCCCAGAUUCCCUUUGACCACAGUCAUGUGAAGAGCUAGUUGAGUGGAAUGUCAAUCUGUUCUCUGAUGAACUGAGAAUGGUAAGUGCUGGAAAGGAAGUGACCUCGUCUGGUGGUCAGUGGCCUUUCCCCACCAAUCCCUGCCAUGACUAGCCCAGCUCAGCAAAGGACCUGGCACAUGCUGUAUGUGCAGCUUUGUUUUUAUACAGGAGAACUUUUGACCAAAGUUAUGCUCAAGAAAUCAAGUUAAAGAGACUUGACUAAGAUGAAGAUCUGUAUAUUUUCAUAAUUGACCUACUCAGGUCAAUAGGCUGCCCUUUGCAAAUUUUUUUUUUUUUUUUUUUUUUUGGUUGAAAAUAGUCUCUCCCCUCAUACUCAGGUCAUAUUUUGAUCUAAAUCUCUGCUGGGCCUCCCUGGUGGCUCAUUAAGCACAGCAUUAUGAAGGUAUCUGCAGCCUCUGUAGCACAAAUUUGAUCCCCGGCCUGCCACGGAACAACCCACAUAGCGCAACAGACCUCUCCUGUCUCGAGCACUGCUCCCCUCAGCAGUGUACUUCAGUCAAUCUGCCUGUUCUGUUCCCUGCUCUGUCUCUGAUGAAUCCUCUCACCCCCCCCCCACACCUCUGGCCUGUACCCCAGUUCUUGUAUGAAUAAAUAAAUCUUUAAAAAAAAAAUCUCUGCUGAUAAACACUAGGAAAAUUUCCCAAAGUGAAGGGAUAGAUGAUGCUGCUCUCCGGCUGUUGGGUCUGUGAUUACUUUGUCCCUCCUCUUCUACUUUUAGCGAACUUAGGAUAGUGCACACAGAUGGGCCCUCGAGUCCAUGGGAGUCUGCUGUGCUGUAAACAGAUUUGAGGACAUCAUGUCCCUAAACCAGCAGUGUUCCUGAACUUAAAUUAUGCAAAAUAAUUUUGUGUUAAAGCCUCAAAACAAUAAAAUACACUCAUUUGAGUUGAAUGUAUGCUAGUUGAAAAUUUGAAAUUUUUGAAGUUUUACCGGUUAAUAUUGACUGGCUCUCUAUAGAAAUGUGGUUAAACAUGGGCCUCCCCGGUGGCGCAGCGGUUGAGCGCUGGGUUGGGAAGCUGCCCGCAGCCUCUGCAGCGCCGGUUUGAUCCCCGGCUGCUCCCCGGCCACAGGAGGAGGGUCCCACAUGGCGCGCGGACCUCUCCUGCCGCCCGCUGCUCCCCUCAGCAGUGUACCUUGGUCUUCUGCCUGCUCUGCUCCCUGCUCUGGCUCUGGUGAAUUCUCUCACCCUCCCGCGCUUCUAACUGUACCCAGUGCUUGUAUGUAUAAAUAAAUAAAUCUUUAAAAAAAAAUGUGGUUAAACAUGUAUCAUUUUUUUCUAAUGGUAAGAUAAUAUAAAAAGUAAAAAAAAUACAUAAUGUAGACAAUGAAAAUAAGCUGCCCUUCACCCACUAACAGUGUGCUCACAUGUAAAGUACAAUCCCAUUUCUUUUUAAAUAUUUUCCAAUUCUCUUCUAAUUUUAUUCCUUACAUUAAUCUACUUUCUUUUCCAUUUUUAACUGGCUUUGGCUGAUAUAUGUCAGAAAGGUGCAAACUAUAACAAUUUGUCCAUGUUCUAAAAUGUGUAUAUAUAAACUCAUUUAUUUUUCACAUUGAUUUUGUUGUCUAGAAAUUUCGGAAAAAUGUCUACUACUGUUGGUAAUAGUUGGCAGUUUAUCUUUGUCCUGACUUGAUUGGAACGCCACUGUCUUCUGUCUCAAUUUUUCUAUUCCACAUUUCCCCAGGAAAAAUACCAAAACUUGUGGCUUUCCCUAGUGCAACUUUAAACCUCAAAAUGAAUUCAAUACUAUGAUUACAGAACAGUGGUUAAUAACAAAUAAGAUUCUUACAAAGGAACUUUUGGAAUCUCAGUGAUGAUCAUGUGUUUUCUUACUUAACUCACUAAUGUUAUGAAUUAUAUAAAUAGAAUUUUACUCUUGAACCAUUGUGUAUUUCCUGGGCUACACUGUCUUUGGCCAUGUGUGUUAAUCAUUCAGUGAACUGCAAGAUUGAUUUGCUAUUAUUUUAAUGGGGAAUUUAGCAUCUGUGAGUGAUGCUGGCUUUAUAAUAUUUUGAAAGAAGAGAAUGUGAGUGCUGUGUGUCUGUGCUUUUAGUCUUACCGGUUAUCUGUUCGUCUGAAACAAGCAAUCCAAAACUUAAUGUCUUUAACAACACCAUUUAAUUAAUGCUCAUGAUCCAGUGGUUUGACUGGGCCUACCUGGGCAAGUCUGCAGAUCUUGCUUGGGGUCUCUGAUGAAGUUGCAUUCAGGCAUUUACUUGGCAGGGAGGACUUGAGCUGUCCCUGCUCUCUCAGGACUCUUGCAUUUUAAGAAGGUGAAAGAGGGUAUUGCUAGUUCUCUGAAAGAUGAGGCCUGGUACAAGACUGGCACCCUCUGCUUCUCUCUUCAGUUAAGUACAGCCACAGUCUGUUCAGGUUCUUUAAAGGGACUCUGAACCACACAUGGAGACCUUUCAUGUGUGGCCACCACAGCCAGAUUUGGUGCUUGUUCCCUUAUCUAUUUUAUAGAAAUGUAACUUUGAAAUAGCUUUAAUGCAUACAAAGCCAUCUGUGUAUCUAUAUAUCUUGUGGGGUAAGAGAUAUUGAUGUUAGAUUAAAUUUUUUGUUUUCUUUAGUUUUAGGUCAAGCUUUUUACUUUCUCUGGAGUAAAUUUUAGUGUUUCUGAACAUUUGAUCAUUCCUAAAUUAUGUAACUGUUUUGCCUUUUUGGUCUUAGUCAUGUAACUUUAAAAACCUGUAAUGAUGAUGUAUCGGUAUUUUGGAAUGUUAAAGAGGGAGAUGCAAAUUUCAGAUGGUUUAUUUUCAAAAUAGGUAGUAGUUAGGAUCAGUUGAAUAUCUAAUUUUUUUUUUGUAACUACAAAAAAACCCCAAUAUAUUCACAUGUUCCAAAAGAUAUGUGUAUAAUAAAGUAUACAACAAAACUCACUUCACUUCUGUCCUUAUCCGUCCUGUUCCCAUAUUCACUAGUGAACCACUUUUAUUAAUUUUAUGGGCUUAUUUUAAGUCUCUUCACGUGAAUAAAAGAAAGUGUGAAUAUAAAUUCU